UGUGGAAAAUCAACUUUCAGUUUCGCGGUGGCACUCGCGGGAAAACAAGCACACCAGAGAGAGCGGGAAAAAAGUUGGAGCCCGGUUCGCGCAAUUCGGGGAAAUUCCUUGAGGAGGAGAAGAAGGAAAUCAUCACUAGACGACCAGGAUUUUCCAGGUUAUUCCUUUUUGCUUUCUGUGGGGGGAAAGUUCCGUGGAAAGUGUGUUUUAUUGGGCAGCAUUCGUGGAAAAGCAAUUUCUUCUUUUUUUCUGUUGGGAAAAGUGUCCCCAGGUUUGGGUUUCGUGGAGUGUCCUGAAAAGUUCCAACCGUUGAAGCAAGGCGUGUACGGAAUGUAAAUUGAUAUCACAGAUAAAGGUGGCAGGCUGGCUUGUGUGGGUGGCCUCUAGGGUGGAAAUUUUCGGAUACUUUCCCACCUGGGGCAGUCAGUCAGUCUCGGCAGCGGCCAGGCAGGCUGGUCAGUUGUGAGCGAGUAUUUCCCAGGUGUGAAGGAAAUUAAAAGGUUGUAAAACGACAUGCCGAUAUGGCAGCAAGAGAAAAUCUGUCGUCACCUUUAUUAGGGUGGUCCUGAGUGUGUGUGAAAGUGUGUAAUCAGCAACUGUUCAACUGUGUCAACCAGUGAAAGAUUAGCGAAACCGUUCAACCAAGUGGCAGGUUAGAGAGGAAAACACCCCCGGAAAAGCCAGGAAAAGUUACAUUUUCCCGUGCAGAAGAAGCAAAAGGAAAAUCAACGCCAAUGUGUGUGCAGCAUAGUCGCGUCGUCGUCGUCGUCGAGGUGCUCCAAUCAAGUGUGAGCUAGUGUGGGUGGCAGGAUCUUCUUCUAUUACAACACAAGCACACUCGUAAAACGAACCACCACCCCCUCACCCAGCGUCCACGUUUGCUCCACGUGUUUCGGGAUGCUGUAGGGGAGCAGAUUGGGAAUUCCUUGUCUGCUUCGUCUGCUUCGUAGCGUAGCGCAUCAGUCAGGGUGCAUCGACGACAAGGACUGUUACACGCGCCAGGGCCAGGACGUCAUGGCCGCUAGGGAGGUGAACUAGAGAGUGGAGAUCCUUCGACAUUCAACACCCCCCUCCUCGUGUUCGGCGUCAUCGUCAUCGCUGUGACCCGCCCGGGACCGACUGGAGAUAAAAUCAAUAUUGUUAAAACCACCAAUCCCAGGUCCCACGAUAAGUAAGUGGCCACCGGAGCAAGACCCUCUAGCUGUCCAACCCACCAAGUUUGCCGUAGAGUAUAACACCAUCAGCACCAGCUUCCUCCCGAAUGGCAUCCACCGAGCGGUAGUGGCACAUUAGAACGCAGAACCCGUAACUAGCGCAAAGUUAACAUUCAACGCCCCACUGUGUGAGUGAACCACGUGCAAAUAGACCCACGUGUGUGUCCUCCCACCCCCCACUCCCCGAACCAAGACCCAGCGUGAGUCGAAGUCAAUGCGAAGAUGGCAACCCCACCGGACAGUCCCAUCGAGGAGGUCGUGUACGAGCUGGAGCCGACGCGGGCCCCGAAACCGAUUCCAGUGGCGCUCGAGGACCUGUGCCGGUUGACAAAGUUUACCCGCCAGGAGAUACGAGUCAUGUAUCGGGGCUUCAAAACGGAAUGCCCCGACGGUGUAGUGCACGAGGAUAGUUUUAAGGAUAUUUAUGCGAAAUUUUUCCCUCAUGGAAAUUCCAGCCUUUAUGCACACUAUGUGUUCAAAGCGUUCGACGUUAAUUGUAACGGAUCCAUUACGUUUCGGGAUCUCCUGGUGACCCUAUCGACCCUGCUGCGGGGCUCCGUAUACGAGCGGUUGCGAUGGACGUUCCGGCUGUACGACAUCAACAACGACGGCUGCAUCAGCCGGGCCGAGCUGUCCGAGAUCGUGCUGGCCGUGCACGAGCUCAUGGGCCGGAGGCCCCACCAGCCGGACGACGAUCGGAAGGCGCGGGAACAGGUCGAUGACGUGUUCCGGAAGCUGGACCUGAACCAGGACGGCAUCAUCACGAUCGAAGAGUUCCUGGAGGCCUGCCUGAAGGACGACGUUGUUACCAAGUCGCUGCAAAUGUUCGACACCUGCCUUUGAUGACCGUCGUCCGACAGUGUGUUUGCCGUCCCCGAAAAGCCCGACGACGCUGCCACGGCUGACGUCGCCGCCGUAGCGGAACGUUUGGCGCUGAUACAUCUGUAGGACUACCAAGGAUAGUGAGAAGGUUAAGAAAAACUAUGGGUGGAUCGCUCAAACCUUGCACUUUCAACGUUGGAUUUGUGUGUUUUUUUUCGACUCUAGUUUUCUUCUGAUACUGAAAUUUCUGUUUUCAGACUUCAAACCAUUCAUCUGUAAAAAUUUAAAUAUUUUGAUAAAAUUCAAGGAAAUGAAAACGAAACUAAACAAGGAAAAUAAGUUUUAGAAAAUCAUAUCACAUUCCAUAAACUCAUUGAAGCAAUAUUGUGUUACAAUUAGAAAAAAAGUAAUAAAAAAGCAAAUAUUCAUAAAUAGUUGAUAGAUUUCACAUUCAAACUUUUUUCUCAAUUUUGUUACUAAAAAAUCAUAAAAGAGAACUAGAGAGAAAAUCUUAGCUCAGCUGAUUACCAACACAGGCAAACUAAACAAAAGAAUAGCAAAAAAUAGUUGCUAUUAAAAAGUACGAGAGUAGUUUUGAAGCCAAAUUCAAAUGCAGACUGGUUUAGAAUUCUCAUAUUUAACAUCAUAACCAACAAAGAAAGCCCGUUGCAACGGAAUAGAAACACGUAGUCACACUUCGUAGUCACACAGUGCACAUGACGUUUAUAGUUGACAAUAGACAAUCGUUUUGAAAAACAAAAAGAAGCAAAACUAGCGCAGUUAGGAAAUGCUUCAAACACUUAGGCUGGCAGUAGUCGAUGCUCUAAAUUAAGGCAGAUUUAAAGUAGUAGCAAAAAAACAAGUAAUUUUACCAUCACUUCUGCCGCGGCCAGAAUGAAAAUUGUUGAAAUAGGUUGAAAUCACACCCAUAAAUAUUGU